GUGGCUUCCACCAUGAUCUUCUCCCUGAGGCCAAACGUGCUCAGACAAUCCGUGCAGAUACCCUCUAGAAGAUUACUUGCAACCACGAGUGCACAAACCGCUUCUGCUACACAGUCACCACCACCUUCCCCCUCAUCAACGUCCCCAGCCUCAUCUUCAUCCUCUCAAGCCCCUCUAACGCACUACAAAAUAACACUACAACGCUCUGCCAUCUCCCUCGCUCCACGUAUGAAAGCGACACUUGUCUCGCUGGGGAUUCAUAGACGUUUACAGACCGUUUUCCAUCCUCAUAAUCCUAUCAAUGCCGGCAAGAUUCUGCGGGUGAAGGAGUUGGUCCAUGUAGAGAACGUAUCCGCCGAUGAGGUUAGGACGAAAACGGAACAGAGAAGAGAGAGAAGACCUGCGAGAGGAUAUGUUCGUGUGGCUUCGAAGUUGGGUGAGAGCAUCUGAACUUUGAUUAUGUCUGGAGGCUUAUUAUUACCCCGAGCACACCUAAUUUGAUGCAUUGCUCCGAUCUCAGUGUGUCAUUGAACGUAGCAUCCGUUCCCCAUAUAAGCAUUUCGUAUCGUCUCCCUCUAUGUGUUGUUAUGCACCCUUUAUGACUCACCUCCCGGUCUUUCGGCUUAUCAGCCUCUUAUAUGUGCACACCAACGUCUACCUUUCGCUCCCGUCAUCUCUAUCCUCAAAUUGCCGCUCCUAUACACUGAAAAACCUCACUUUACAUGGAUUUACAUUCCUCUGUAUCCCUACCUAAGCUUGACCAUCCUACGCCGUUUGCACGAACUCAUCCUUGUUGUACGGUCUAGGAGUAGGAAGAAGUUGACCGUCUCUCUAUCUUAUUCAUGCUCCCCUGUCCAUCUUCAGGCAGCCGUUUUACAGCGGUUAAUGACGUUGAAAAGGUGGUAUGCGAUCUGUCUACUGAAAAUCUUGUAGUAGUAAUCGAAAGGAGUGGGGACAUGGGUAAGAAGAUGAGCGUCAGGAUCGCCAUCGCAAUAUGGAUGAAGAGCAAGAAAACAGUGCCCAUAAUGGCGGGGUGUAUUGCACAGUCUCUCGGUGCCCCCCUUAUACCGGCUUUUCUUUCUGUUCUGGAGUUCGCGGCAGAUUCAGGGCCGACGCAGACAUCGCUCACAAUACUCAAUGGCGCCUCAGCAUUCAUCCCCUUCGAAAUUGCCUGUGGGCAAAGCCCCCCGCCCCCGCAGGAUACGAUUCAAGGAGAAAAAAAGAUUCUUGCAAGGUAUGAGGGAGGCUAGGAUACCUUGCGUUGGGAAUUUCUUACGGAUGGUAAGGAAGGUAAGUAAUGGAGUCGCAGGAGAAGGGGAGAUCAUGUAGAUGAGUAAUUAGUGAGGAAAGAAUUUCAGCGUGAUAGGAUUUAUGGUUGCGAAUACUAGCAGGCAGUCACUCGUAGCCAUUCUUGGUCUCCAUAGCGUGGUAGUUAAUUUGUGAGUUCCGAGGC